AAAAAAAACAACUAGGAAGCCGGUUGGUCGAGUCGUGACGUCACCAAAGGUCUGACAGUCGACGUUGCAGCCAUGGAGGAAGUGAGAGUGUUUCCCCUUACUUGUGCCGUGCAAAACUAUGCCUGGGGGAAGGUGGGGCAGAACAGCGAAGUGGCCAAACUGGUCAUUGGUGGAGAUCCACUCGCUGUGGUAGAGGACGGCAAGCCCUAUGCCGAGCUGUGGAUGGGUGCCCACCCAAAAGGCGAUGCCCAGAUUAAAGACAACAGGAUUGCACAGACCACGCUGGGCCAGUGGAUCGCCCACUUCCCUGCCUGCCUGGGCUCCAAGGUCAAAGACACCUUCCAUGGUCAGCUGCCCUUCCUCUUCAAAGUCCUCUCUGUCAAUACAGCCCUGUCCAUACAGGCCCACCCCAACAGAGAGUUAGCUGCUCAUCUCCAUGCUCAGUUUCCGGAGCACUAUCCAGACAACAACCACAAGCCAGAGAUGGCCAUUGCUCUGACCCGCUUCCAGGGCCUGUGUGGUUUCAGACCAGUGGAGGAGAUCCUGGGAUUCCUUAAAUCCGUCCCAGAGUUCCGCGCUCUGGUGGGCCUUGAUGCAGCAGAGGAGCUGCGAGGCUGCAUGGGAGAUGCAGUUCAGACGGGCCAGGUGCUGAAGAAGUGCUUCACCAGGAUGAUGAACUGUGAGAAGAAGGUGUUCGUAGAUCAGCUCAACAUGUUGGUCAAGAGAGUCACUGAAGAGGGUGCAGCAGGGAAAGACACAUCAACCAGUAACGGGGACCUGUUACUACGCCUCCACUCCCAGUACCCUGGAGACAUCGGCUGCUUCUCCAUCUACUUCCUCAACUACAUGGUGCUGGAUCCAGGACAGGCCAUGUUCCUUGGAGCCAAUGAGCCACAUGCAUACAUUCAUGGAGACUGUAUCGAGUGCAUGGCCUGCUCAGACAACACGGUGAGAGCUGGCCUGACUCCUAAAUACAUUGAUGUGAACACACUCUGUGAGAUGCUGAACUACAGCCCGGCUUCAGCCAGCUCCAAAAUCUUCCCGUGUGUUCAAGAUGCCUCAGAUCCCUGUGUGACCCUGUACGACCCCCCAGUGCCAGACUUCACUGUCAUGAGGAUACAGGUCCCAGCCUCAGUGAAGCAGUACACCGUCGCUCCCGUCGACAGCGCCAGCAUCCUCCUGGUCAUCGAAGGUGACGCCACAGCGACCUCUGCCGCCGCCCUCUCUGAUGUCACCCUGAGACGCGGCACUGUCCUGUUUGUGUCAGCCAAUGAGGGCGUCUCCCUGCACAUCACCUCCCAGUCAGGGAUGAACAUGUUCAGGGCCUGCUGCCUUCUGUAGCUGCGAGUCUGUGAGUGAGUGUGAGAGCUCAAACCGCCUGUGUCUGUCUUCCUCUGGUGUCACUCAGUAAGGUUGACUUGUGUUCAAGAGUUGAUCCUGAAGGUGAGUCUCUGCACUUUCAGGGAGGUAGUACACCAGAGGAGGACUAAGACACAGUGUGGAUGCCCGUCUGUGCCCACUGCUCCCCCUAACCCAAACUCAGUAAAUACUGCCUCCGUUAGUGUUUCUUAAGCAGUUAUUCAAUACUGCUGGAUUUUAACUGGUUUUAACUUUUAUAACUGUAGUACUACGUUAAUAUCUUGUAGAAACCAUGCGGAGGAUAUGCACAUCCGAAACAAUUUACAGGUGCUGGACAUGUACUAAGAAAUAAGGGUAAAAUAUUGCUACAACACUGAACAGCAGCAACAUACAGUUAAGAACACAUUUAUAAUGUUAGGUUACUUUAUUUAUACCGGUAGGUUGAUUUGUUUUGUUGCAAGAUGAUGAUAACAUCCAGUUUGACAUUGACAGUAGGAAUUGACAAACUAUCAAAACACAAAAACAUGAUAUAAAAUUACUCUGGUUCCACCACCCAUAAUUUAAAGGAGAGAGAAAAAGAUCAUAUAAUUAGACAUACAUACAACAUCUUGUUCAGCUUGGUUGUUGCAGCAGGAUCUGCUGGAUUUGAUCUGCACCUUGGGACUGAAUACCUUCGUCCGGAGGGAAGAAGAUGAAACUUGUUGUUCAGAGGGUGGGAGUCAUUGUUUAAAAUUGCGGUAGCUAUCUGCUGUACCUGUCUGGUGUACAGAGACACUGGGUAAGGCUGUGACUCACCAAUCAGUCUGAAUACACCGUUUAAAUAUCUGGUUCAAUGAAUUUCUCUCCUUCAAAGAUGUGUGACUAAACCAUGCCAGCAAAGAAAAGGAGAACACAGACUCAAUAAAACAGAGUCGUUAUGGUUCCAUCAACAUGGAAGUGUGACAGUUUCCUUAAACAAUACAAGCGCUGAUGAAAUGUUGCAUAAAGUAGUAUUUCUUACCUUGGAAUAACAUAGGAAAUACAAACCUGGGCGAAAAACAUCUUCUUUUGAAGACCAUAAAAUAUGAUCUUGCUCUAGAGAAGCCAAUCAGGUGUUUUAAUAUAGUAACAUUUGCUUUUGGGGACAUUUUUGCAAAGGAUUAAAUAGGGUUAAAUAAAAACAACCUUAUUCUGGAGCAAUCUUCUCCCUAUGAAGACAGUUUGAUAUCACUAAAAGCUUGGAGAAUAAUAGCUAACUGACUUAAAAAUAUGGUCAGAGCUCAAUUUAUUCUGCAUUUCUGUAAUGGUUGCUCUUCAGUGUUCCCAGCUGUUUCCCCUUUUAAAUUCCUAAUACACUUCCAGCUCUACAUCCAUACCUUCAGGUUUUAAACGCUAACAAAAACACACACCAACAGUGAUUUAUUCAAACUGCACUGCAGCAGGGUGGGGGAUAUGUUUACACUGGUGCAGUUCACCACCACUCACUUUAUACAACCACAGCACCACUGAGCAUGUUAAGUGAGCCAGCAGUUUGUCUUACUCUAAGGUAAAGCUACCUGUUUAAUCAUUUAAGUUUAGCUUGAACAAAUACAAAAUCCGCCUCUGGGAAAACACAUCCGUAGUGUUCACAGUUGAGGGUACAGUAUAUAGUGUAAUGCUGAGAUGCCUGUGCAUGUUUGAUUCAGAGCAGUAAUACCUGAGAGGGUCCUCCAUCUCGACCCCCUGCAUGUAUUACUGCUUUAAACUGUUACCAGCGCAUGUUUACAAUCUGGAAACUUCUCCUCAAAGUAGUGAUCAGUCUUAGAAAUCAUAAAAACAUGGAGUGGGAACAGGCAAAUGAAGGCCUAUGUCUCCAUCCCACCCAGCACGACUUCAUAAGAAUCAGGAAAUGUAACUCCAACUUCCAUACGACUGAAAGUUAGAGUUGUUCCGAUGCCAAUACCGAUAGAAGAAAUGAUCCUGAGAGGGCAGAGAACGUCAAGGCACAGAUCUGAUACCUUCAUUCAUCCCCAACAGAGGGGAUCAAUGACGUUUCUUCUUCUCAAAAAAUGAAACCUAUGCAGCGACAACACAACACAACUGGAGGUAGCUGCUUGUGUUUUAAAGCAAGUAAUAAAGAACGGACUUGCGGUCAUUUAUGAUGGUAACUUCAAAAUCAACAAUGGUGCCUUGCUAUUAAGCGGACAGUCAAGACUAGCAAAGAGUCACCAAUCACAAUAGAAUGUCAGCACACACUUUGAGGUUGUGUUUGGCAUAUAAGAUAAUAGCUUGUUUACAGGUGUUCAGCUUGGAUUUCUAAUGGGAACUGGGCCAGGUCAUAAAUCAGUUAUAGCAAUGUUAUAACAUACACUUAGGGGUAGUGGUUAACAGCUGUUUACCAGUAAUAAUGAUAUACUUAUCUUUAUUGUAUGGUAAAGGAGAUUUCUUACACAAAAUCCGUGUCCGGUCUGGCUCCAUGCUCUCUCGUAGUUACUGAAUCAAGGAUUCUCCUCCUCCUCUCCUCAUCCAUGUUGUCUUUAUUGGACGCUGAAAACCUCAGACCUGUUGACCCCAGGCCUGGCUCCACUCAAAAUGACAUUUUGUUGUCAUAGUAAAGUUAAAAACGAUCUUGUUUUAUUCUGAGAACUAACCAGAUGUUUUAAUUUUGUUUUGGUGCCUGACGUCCUGUCCCGCUCUGUCUGCUCUGUGCAGAUUAAUGUGUUGUGCCGGCAAAAAUAGAAGUCUAGUGUAUCUGAUCCGUUGCGUUCCGACCUGCCAGAAUGCAAAAGAACGGAUCCAGUGGAAGUUAACACAUUGACUAGAAUAGAAACCUAUCAGAUCCAUGUCCGGUCGGGAUCGGAGACGGACCGGACACGGAUCUAGUGGCAUUUGGCCGUUAGUCUCAGCCAGUCUAGGUUAGGUUAAGUAUCAGGAUCAAGCUCUCACAUUGAACAAUGGUAUCAGAACAUCUCUACUGAAAAGCACUACUGCUGCUUGUUGCAAACCAAGCUGGAAAAUCCACGUCUUGUACGGUCGGUCAUGUGACGAAAUGCUGCAUUCAAUUUUAUAGUAUUCUAAGAACAAACAUGUCUGUAUUUCUUCAGACCUUUUGCAUGUUUUAUUGUUUGUACUGAUUCAUUAAUAGUGAAUGAAGCGACCCCCUGAAGGAGCUCUGUAUCAUAAGGCUUCACUUGUACAUUAUGACAUUACGAGCUGAGUGGUUCGUCUUCACAGCGAGACCUUUUUAUGGUCACCACUUCCUGACAUGUUGCCACUAUACUGUAACUGUGUUCUUUCAGUUUGGUGCAGACUUGAGCGUGAUAUUCCAGUUCAGCCCAGGGUCGAAUUUGAACUUGAACAAUUCUGAAGUGAGUCUCACUUUAUCAUGAGUAAUCUGGAAUCAAAUAUUUGAGGAUGACGUAGCUCUGCAAACGUAGCAGUGAGUUCAUAUGUCUGAAUGGUUUCACCUUAGAGUGACUUCAGUGAGGCGAGCCAACCCUGGUGAUGCUUUUUCCUUAGUCAUUAAUGUAUCAGUGAUGAUGGUUGAUCAAUAUGCUUGUCCUUGAUAUAAAUGCACUAAACCUUUAUGAUGUUUGUUGUUGUAAAGAUUGUUAAAAUGGAAGAAUAUGAGCAGACACAAGAAGGGAGUCAUGAGCUAAAAUUAUUGCGUUUUUGGGGAAUCAUUUAAAUCAUCCAGUUUUUUUUGUCAUCACACUUGGACUUCUUUCUUUAAAUGUUUUGAUUUAGUGACAAAAUCCUGUAGAGGUCAAGUUAAAGUUUUAUUUAAUGAUCACACCUUCGUUACUGAUCCUGUUUUAUGUCACAGUUUGUGUUAAAUGCUGUACGUCCAGGACUUUGCACACAAAUCUUUAUUUAACUUUUCUGUCACUUUUAACUCAUGUCCUUCAAGUGCACACAUGUCUGAAGGCCACAGUGUUUUUACCAUAUUUGUUUGAUUCAACUUUUAUGGGGGCAUUUCUUUGAAUAUUUCUAAACUUAGGGCAUGGUUUAGCAUUUUUGAUUAUGGUGAUAAUGUAGCCUGGGACUGCAGGGAACGUGUGUACGUAGAAACUGGUGUAAUAAAGCCUGGUUCUGUUACUA